AUGCCACCAAAGAAGGUCGUCGAAGAGAAACCAGCUCUCAUUGGCCGUUUGGGAACCAACUUGAAAGUCGGAAUUCUGGGUCUUCCGAAUGUUGGUAAAAGUACAUUCUUCAAUGUUCUCACGAAAUCCGAGGCACAAGCUGAAAACUUCCCAUUCUGUACCAUCGACCCAAAUGAGAGCAGAGUAAGGAUUGUGGUUACCUUUUUCAUUACAAAAUAGAGAUAUUUAGGUAGCUGUUGCUGAUACUCGUUUUGAUUGGCUUGUUAAUCAUUACAAACCAGCUAGCAAAGUUCCAGCAUUUUUGAAUGUAACUGAUAUUGCUGGUCUUGUUAAAGGUGCUUCUGAAGGACAAGGACUUGGAAACGCAUUUUUGUCUCAUGUUUCCGCUUGUGAUGCAUUAUUCCAUUUGUGCCGAGCAUUCGAUGAUGAUGAUGUGACACACGUUGAAGGAGAUGUUGAUCCAGUUCGUGAUUUGGAAAUCAUCAGUAAUGAAUUGUUUGCCAAAGAUCUUCAAUUUAUUGAAUCUCCAUUGGACAAAGUCGAAAAAUUGGUAACAAGAGCCAAUGACAAGACAAAGAAACUUGAAUACGAUACUUUGGUUCGUGUCAAAAAAUGUCUUGAUGAGCGAAAAGCUGUUCGUCUUGAAACAUGGAAUGAGAAAGAAAUUGAGAUUCUCAACAAAUAUCUUUUCCUUACCGCUAAACCAAUUGUUUAUCUUGUAAACUUAUCGGAAAAAGAUUAUAUUCGCAAGAAGAAUAAAUGGUUGCCAAAAAUCAAAGCAUGGAUUGAUCAAAAUGAUGCUGGAGCAGUUUUGAUUCCAUUGUCCGGAGCUUUUGAGUUGAAAUUGCUCGAUAUGCCAGAAGAUGAGAGACAAAAAUAUUUGAAAGAAAAUGAAGUCACCUCAAACUUAGACAAGAUUGUUAGCACUGGUUACAAGGCACUUCAAUUGGAGUAUUUCUUCACUGCUGGAGAAGAUGAAGUCAAAGCGUGGACCAUUCAGGUUGGUUUAUAAAUUUAAUUAUUUCAAUAUUGGAAUAUAUUUUCAAGGUCGGAACACCUGCUCCAAAAGCUGCUGGUAGAAUCCACACUGACUUUGAAAAGGGUUUCAUUAUGGCUGAAGUCAUGAAAGUAGCCGAUUUGAUCGAACUUGGAGAUGAAGCAAAAUGCAAAGCUUCUGGAAAAUAUCGCCAACAAGGAAAAACUUAUAUUGUCCAAGAUGGUGAUGUAAUCUUCUUCAAAUUCAACGCUGGCGCUGGUCUUCAAGCUAAAAAGAAGUAA